UUAAGAAAUUCCCAGUGUUGCCAGCAGUACAUUAUUCGAGAUUGAGGUUAGGUCUUUUCUUCAUCCGGUUCCUUUCGAUUACACCGACCGUGUGGACGUCCGUGUUCAUAUGGUAGGGCCUGUGAAUUUUUCAAUAAAUUAGGAUUUAUCAUGGGUUUCGUCAAAGUAGUAAAGAACAAGCAGUACUUCAAGAGGUACCAGGUCAAAUUCAAGAGGCGUAGGGAAGGUAAAACUGAUUACUACGCCAGGAAGCGUCUUAUUGUCCAAGACAAAAACAAAUACAACACCCCCAAGUAUCGUCUUAUUGUGAGGCUCUCCAACAAAGAUAUCACAUGCCAGAUCGCUUACUCUCGUAUCGAAGGAGACAAGAUUGUGUGUGCUGCAUACAGUCAUGAACUCCCCAAAUAUGGAGUCAAAGUUGGUUUGACCAAUUAUGCCUCAGCCUACUGUACAGGUCUCCUCAUUGCCCGAAGGCUGCUGAAGAAACUUGGCCUGGACCAGUUGUACGCGGGCACGACCGAGGUGACCGGCGAGGAGUACAAUGUGGAGGCUCUGGACGAGGGUCCCGGCGCCUUCAAGUGUUUCCUGGACGUUGGUCUGAUGAAGACGUCGACCGGCGCCCGCGUGUUCGGCGCCAUGAAGGGAGCCGUCGACGGCGGUCUCAACAUCCCCCACAGCGUGAAGCGGUUCCCCGGCUUUGACGGCGAGUCGAAGAACUUCAACGCCGACGUGCACCGCAAGCACAUCUUUGGUCUGCACGUGAGCGAGUACAUGAAGGAGCUGGCCGAGAACGACGACGAGGCCUACAAGAAGCAGUUCUCGCAGUUCAUCAAGAACGGCGUUCAACCGGAGGCGAUCGAAGGUAUCUACAAGAAGGCACAUGAGGCGAUUCGCGCCGACCCAGUUCUGAAGGCGAAGGCGCGCGCCAAGCCACCUGUGAAGAGGCGCUGGAACCGCAAGAAGCUGACCCUGUCCGAGCGACGCAACACCAUCGCCCAGAAGAAGGCCGCCUUCCUCAAGAAGCUCGAGGCUGGAGACGCUGAAUCGUAAAUGUCUGUCUUUUAUAAUAUAAAAAGUUGAAAUAAAACUCUAAAAAAAUAUAA